AUGGCAACAACAUUCGCCCAUGAAUUAGUGGAAGAUGUUGAAACGACCGACGCAAGCAGCGACACCAAAAUGACCAUGAUUGAAACCAAGCACGAUUCAAACGUUACAACAACAGACACAACGACAACGACGACGACAGCAGCAACGACUCCUUGUCCUGAGUGGACUCGCGAACCUCGACGACCGAUACGUAGCUGUCGCGCGUGUGCACAGCCUUGCUUGAAAGGUGACGGCGCGCUUGUGCGAGCGUUAGGCGAAACAUACCACUAUAAUUGCUUUAUUUGCGAGGAUUGUCACAAACUGGUUGCAUCCAAGUUUUAUGCACUCGAGACCAAAAACGAACAUGUCCAGCGAGCCUUGAUACUGUGCGAAUAUCACUACUAUGCUCACCUCGGACUGAUAUGCCGGCACUGCGAUCAGCCCAUCCAGGGACCUGUCAGCAACGACUUGCGAUUUCAUCCACAAUGCUUGCAAUGCCCGGACUGCGUGCGGCUAGGCAAAGAGCUUGGCGAGCCAUGUUUUGAAUACGACGGACAAGCCUAUUGUCGAUACCACUUUUCAAUGCUACGCAAAACCCACUGUGCUGGCUGCGACCAGGCCAUUUUGAAGCAGUUUGUGGAGCAUCACCAUUACCCUGGCAAGAAAUGGCACCCCGAAUGUUACAUGAUACAAAAGUUUUGGAACAUUCGAUUAUGCGAAUCUUAUUACCACCACGAAGAUCCCAAGUUGAUGGAUGCUCGGCAAUUACAAGAGGUGCAAGUGCUAGUGGAAAAAAAGGUGAAUCGCAUCUGGACGGAUCUCUCGGCGUUCGAGGAGUCGUCGGCGACUUGCAUCUCGGACAUGCUACUCCAUGUUGCUGCAGGCGCGUACGUGGAAGGACUGCGAAUGGCCGCCCAGUUUGUCACACAUCUUGAAGUUUUAUUUUCGGCGCUCGAUUGGAUCAACAUGGCUUUGGUGGACAACGGUGAAGUCCUGCAAUGCAUAAGCGAACCGAGAGCCGUGUGCCAACAGAUCAUCCGUUUCUUCCAUUUACUCGCGUACCACGACGAUAUGGAGCAAAAAGACACUUGUGUCACCCAGGAGCUGUUGUCGCUCGUGACGGGCAUGGCCCAGAACCUGAAAACCCUGAUCCGCAUUGGUCUCACAGAGGCACUACGAUUGGAGGGCCAGCACAACGUGCAAGACGCAGUAUACCGGUUCCUCGCCAAUCUCUUGUUAUUGGAGAAAAAGCGUGUAUGGAUGGCGGGCCGCUACUGGUUUAAGGACGAGCCGUUUUUCCAUUCUUCGUCCGAAGGCACAAUCAGUGUCGAUCGAUGCCAAAGAUGCUUCCGGGCUAUCGACGACGAGUGUCUUAAAAAGGGGGCACUGCGGUGGCACACCUCGUGCUUCAUCUGCACCCGAUGCCAUCGUCCACUUUCCAAGGAGUUGCAAAGGGCGCGUUUGAGCCAUCAUCCUUCACCGUCCACGGCUACUGCUGCCGGCACGAUUGUUGCCAUCACAGGAGAGGAAGAAUGUAGCAAUAAGGAUAAUAACGGUGGCUACCUCCCACAGAACCAGCAGCAGCAAACAGCAGUCCUGUUAUGUAACAUUUGUUGCACCGACAAGCGCCAACAGCAAGCAUUACCUGCUGCUGCUGCUGCUGCUGCUGCUGCUACUCCUACAGCUGCAGACAAUACCCAGGUGAUUGCUCACAUUAGUCGGUUGGAACAGUAUCUUGAUCACGUCAAAGCUGCAUUGGCACGGCUCCAUGCUUUACCCAGCAGCACGAGUAAUAGCACCAGCAACAACAACAACAACAAUGCAAUCCUAUCAUCAGUGAAAGAGGCGGACGAAAGCUCCAAGAAAGUGAUGCUGCAUGAAUAUGAAACCAAGCUAGAUGCGGAUGCAAACAGAGGCAAGCGACAAUCUUCUAUCUUGCGAUUAAUGAACCGCGGUGGUAAUGGGGAUGGAGGUACUCGUCGUCAGUCGCUUUUCGGCUCUGUACACCUGACAAACGUGAAACGUGCCAAAUCGACCAGAGACAGCAGCAACGAAAAUGACAACAACAACAACAACAACAACGCCCAUAUUACACCCGAAGCAACUACUUCUACAUCAUCAGCUAUACGACGCGUAACGAGUGUACGCGAACAAUCCGCAAGUCCUACCACUCCCACCGGUGGCGGAGGCGGUCGUUUGGGAAGUUUACGACGAGCGCUUAGUAACAAUCGAAAAGAGCGCCGGCCACUUUAUGAUGUUUUUGACCGAAGCAAUAACAACAGACGAAGCAUGAACAAUAACGGUGCUGGAAAUAGAGGCGUAUUAAUCAUUGGACACCCGCAACAACAGCAACAACAAGAACAGGAAGAAGCACCCUCAUCUGCAACAGCAGUGGUGCAACGAAGGACAUCCCUAUGCUCAUUGGACACAUCGGAAGGCGUCUCUACUCCGGUCGGCCCACCCUCUCCUCCCGACGACAGCACCAGCAGCAGCAGCAACAGCAUUGACACGUGUCAGCUUGCACAAUUAUCGGCAGUCCAAGAUACAAUCGUGCGACAUAUGGCUGUACUGUACCUGGAAUCCAUCGUCCACGAAUUUCUCUCGUUGGAUCAACUGAUUGCCAUUGUAGAAACGAAACGAACGUCACUAUGGUAUCGGCUUAAAGCCAAAGUCGGGGCAAGCAGUAGUGUUGCUGUUGGUGGUUGUGGUGGUAGUAAUAGUGGCGUUACGGUACCGCCGGCAACACGACCAGCAGCAGCAGCAGCAGCAGCGGCGACACCCAAUAUUAAUAGUAAUCAUCAUCACAACAGCAGCAACAAACAUUCUGAAGCAACAAGCCGAUCCCCAGUACCAGCAUCAGGUGGCAGCAGCAGCAGCAGCAGCAACAGUAGAAAGACAUUUGGUGUUCCGCUUGCAAUUCUAGCAGCACGAGACAAAAGCACAGGCAGCGCCACUGCUGCUUCUUUACCAUGCACGAACAGCAUGCUGGCGUCUUGUUUUGCGCCUACCGCAGAGAUUCCUGUCAUUGUAAAAAACUGCAUCCUGGCGCUACUUGGCAUGGACAUGUCACUCGAAGGCGUUUUCCGUAAAAAUGGAAACAUUCGUGAGCUCAAUGAAAUAUGCGACGCGAUUGACCAAAACAGCACGAGCACGACGUACCUGAACGAAUCACCUAUCCAACUGGCCGCUUUAUUGAAACGCUAUCUACGUGAGUUGCCGGAGCCGUUACUGACAUUUAAGCUCUAUAAUUUGCUCGUCACAUCUACACGGAUGGAAACUGAGUCUAAGACCAAGACUGUGCUUCAUUUGGCGUGCUGCAUGCUUCCCAAGCCAAACCGUGACACAAUGCAGCUCCUCUUUUUGUUUCUGAAAUGGGUCGCCACAUUUUACGAGACAAACAGAAUGGACGUUACCAACCUGGCACGGGUGAUUGCACCCACCAUUUUUUAUUCACCCACGGCAUCCAAAGAGCUGGCUGAAGAACGACAACGCGGUGCGCGUGAGGAAAUUCGCAUUGUUGAAAUGCUGAUUCACUAUCAAGAAGAAUUCUGCAAGGUACCGCCAAACUGGAUUCCCUUCUUGCAUGAUCCUAGGACAUUGGAGAGUUUUACCACGACCGUGUCAUCGAGGCAGACUGUAAGAAGUCUGGAGCAGCUUAUCCAUCCGUCGUCGUCAUCUUCGCCAUCAGAUGAACAUCCUCCAAUAACGCCACCGACAAGUCCACAGUCUUGUAAUGAGCCCAAGCAGCGAAAUCGAAGAUCAUGGCUGUUGGGGCGACAAUAG